GCCCCCCGUGUCAGGUUUAGGUCCCGUAACUACUGUGCGCUUUUCUUAAUGACGCCUAGUUUUUUGAAAUGUUAAUUUUAUUUUAAUAGACCAGCACGACUGCUUUCAGCUGCAAUGAUGUCAUCUUAAUGCGUCUGACUGCAGUUAUCUUAGCUUAUCUUAGCUUAGCCAGGUGGAUGAAUUAGCUGUGCGGGCUUCAGUUUGGUGCGUCUGGUGUCUCGAGAACUACAGUUAAAGUUGCUUUAAGUUCACAGACCGAUCGUCUGCUGACUUGUAUUUCUAAGCUUUAGAAGUAAGUUGCCGAUGGAGAGCAGGAUGUAACAUUUGAGCUGGUUAAGCUACAGUUAGCCAGCGUGGGUCUUUUAUAGCUAACGCUAAUAUGUCUGCGAUAUUGAAGGCUCGCCGCUUGGGUCAUCGCUAGAAUGGUUAUCUUGCCAACUCGUUAUAUUCUUCAUGUCGUGCGUUAUCUUUGAUCUAGGUUGGCUAAUUAUCUGUACGCCAUUUAUUAGUCGCGUGUAAAUUGCGUUGAUGGUAUAGCAAGUUGCGUGAGUUAGCUGGUGAGUUUUGUGUGUAACUUUGCUCGGAGAUGUGGUCGUUCGUGAAAGCUCUGUGACUAACUACUUCGUGCAUACGUGCUCCAGGCGGCAUGCAUUUGAACUGAUCCCUGCGCAGACACUUGUCUGCUGGUAGUCGAGCGCAAAGCUGUCUCUCCCGGCCGCCAGCAUGGCCUUCGUGCCCACGCCCAGUCCCACUGUGGUGGAUCAGACCACCCUGAUGAAAAAGUAUCUGCAGUUCGUGGCUGCUCUCACAGACAACAACACGCAGGAUGAGACCAAAUUGAAAAUGAUGCAGGAAGUCAGUGAGAACUUUGAGAAUGUGACAUCCUCUCCUCAGUACUCGACUUUUCUGGAGCACAUCAUCCCUCGCUUUCUCACCUUUCUUCAGGAUGGAGAGGUGCAGUUUCUGCAGGAGAAGCCCACACAGCAACUGAGGAAACUGGUCCUUGAAAUAAUCCACCGCAUCCCAACCAACGAGCACCUGCGACCUCAUGUGAAGAACAUCCUCUCUGUGAUGUUUCGCUUCCUCGAGAUUGAAAGUGAGGAGAACGUGCUCAUCUGUCUACGCAUCAUCAUUGAGCUGCACAAGCAGUUCAGGCCUCCGAUUUCGCAAGAGAUUCACCAUUUCCUGGAUUUCGUGAAGCAAAUCUACAAAGAUCUGCCAAAAGUGUUGACGAGGUACUUCGAGAAUCCUCAGGUGAUAGCGGAGAACACCGUGCCCUCGCCGGAGAUGGUGGGCAUGAUCACGUCUGUGCUGGUGAAGACCGCCCCAGAGCGCGAGGACAGCGAGACCCGCACACAUACGAUAAUCCCGCGGGGGUCGCUGUCGCUGAAGGUGCUGGCGGAGCUGCCCAUCAUCGUGGUGCUGAUGUAUCAGCUCUACAAGCUGAACAUUCACAACGUGGUGUCGGAGUUUGUGCCCCUGAUCAUGAACACCAUCAUGCUGCAGGUGUCUCCUCAGGCUCGGCAGCACAAGCUAUACAACAAGGAACUUUACGCAGAUUUCAUCGCUGCUCAAAUCAAGACCCUGUCCUUCCUGGCUUACAUCAUACGCAUCUACCAGGACCUGGUGGGGAAGUAUUCCCAGCAGAUGGUGAAGGGAAUGCUACAGUUGCUGUCCAGCUGUCCCGCAGAGACCGCACACCUGCGCAAAGAGCUGCUCAUCGCCGCCAAGCACAUCCUGACCACAGACCUCCGUAGCCAAUUCAUUCCAUGCAUGGACAAGCUUUUCGAUGAGUCCAUACUCAUCGGCUCAGGCUACACGGCGAGAGAGACUUUGAGACCCCUGGCCUACAGCACCCUGGCAGACCUGGUGCACCACGUACGGCAGAACCUGCCCCUGACAGACCUGUCGCUGGCGGUGCAGCUGUUCGCCAAGAACAUCGACGACGAGUCUCUGCCCAGCAGCAUUCAGACCAUGUCCUGCAAGCUCCUGCUCAACCUGGUGGACUGCAUCCGCUCCAAGAGCGAGCAGGAGAACGGCAAUGGCCGGGAUAUCCUCAUGAGGAUGCUGGAGGUGUUUGUGCUGAAAUUCCACACCAUCGCGCGCUACCAGCUUGUGUCCAUCUUCAAAAAGUGCAAGCCCCAGUCAGAGAUGGGCGUGGUGGAUCCCGGGGCCUUGCCUGGCGUCCCGGCCACGCCCACGGCCACCACGCCUGCUUUGCCUCCGCCGGCGCCUCCCACGCCGGUCCCGCCGGCUCCACCCACUGCCACUUUCGACCGCGCGGGGGAGAAAGAGGACAAGCAGACCUUCCAGGUGUCGGACUGCCGCAGCUUGGUGAAAACCCUCGUGUGCGGGGUCAAGACCAUCACCUGGGGCAUCACCUCCUGCAAAGCUCCAGGAGAAGCUCAGUUUAUUCCUAACAAACAACUCCAGCCUAAAGAGACCCAAAUCUACAUCAAGCUGGUCAAAUACGCCAUGCAGGCUUUGGAUAUCUACCAGGUACAGAUCGCCGGCAACGGCCAGACGUAUGUCCGUGUGGCCAACUGUCAGACUGUGCGCAUGAAGGAGGAGAAGGAGGUUCUGGAGCACUUUGCUGGGGUCUUCACCAUGAUGAACCCACUCACCUUCAAAGAGAUCUUCCAGACCACCGUGCCGUACAUGGUGGAGCGCAUCUCCAAAAACUACGCCCUGCAGAUCGUGGCGAACUCUUUCCUGGCCAACCUGUCGACGUCUGCCCUGUUCGCUACUAUUCUGGUGGAGUACCUUCUGGAGCGACUUCCUGAGAUGGGCUCCAACGUGGAGCUGUCCAACCUCUACCUCAAGCUCUUCAAGCUCGUCUUUGGCUCGGUGUCUCUCUUCGCUGCUGAGAACGAGCAGAUGCUCAAGCCUCACCUCCAUAAAAUCGUGAACAGUUCCAUGGAGCUGGCCCAGUCAGCCAAAGAGCCCUACAACUACUUCCUGUUACUCAGGGCUCUUUUCCGCUCCAUUGGUGGAGGAAGUCACGACCUGCUGUACCAGGAGUUCCUGCCCCUUCUGCCCAACCUUCUGCAGGGUCUGAACAUGCUACAGAGUGGUCUCCACAAGCAGCACAUGAAGGACCUGUUCGUGGAGCUGUGUCUUACUGUGCCUGUCAGGCUGAGCUCUCUGCUGCCGUACUUGCCCAUGCUGAUGGACCCUCUCGUGUCCGCGCUCAACGGCUCGCAGACGCUGGUCAGCCAGGGUCUGCGCACGCUGGAGCUGUGCGUGGACAACCUGCAGCCAGACUUCCUGUACGACCACAUCCAGCCCGUCCGCGCCGAGCUCAUGCAGGCCCUUUGGCGGACGCUGCGGAACCCUGCCGAGACCAUCUCUCACGUGGCGUACCGCGUGCUGGGUAAGUUCGGCGGGAGCAACCGGAAGAUGCUGAAGGAGUCGCAGAAGCUGCAGUACGUGGUGACGGAGGUGCAGGGGCCCAGCGUUAAGGCGGAGUUCCCCGACUGCAAAGCCUCCAUUCAGCUGCCCAUGGAGAAGGCUAUAGAGACAGCACUGGACUGCCUGAAGAGUGCCAACACCGAGCCGUACUACAGGAGACAGGCCUGGGAGGUCAUCAAGUGCUUCCUGGUGGCCAUGACCAGCCUGGAGGACAACAAACAUGCCCUGUACCAGCUCCUCGCCCACCCCAACUUCACAGAGAAGUGGAUCCCCAACGUGAUCAUCUCGCACCGGUACAAGGCGCAGGACACGCCGGCUCGCAAGACGUUCGAGCAGGCCCUGACGGGGGCCUUCAUGUCGGCGGUGAUCAAAGAUCUGCGGCCCAGUGCGCUGCCCUUCGUGGCCAGCCUGAUCCGCCACUACACCAUGGUGGCGGUCGCCCAGCAGUGCGGUCCCUUCCUGCUGCCCUGCUACCAGCUUGGAAGCCAGCCGAGCACGGCCAUGUUCCACAGCGAGGAGAACGGCUCCAAGGGCAUGGACCCACUGGUCCUGAUCGACGCCAUCGCCAUCUGCAUGGCGUACGAGGAGAAGGAGCUGUGCAAGAUCGGCGAAGUGGCGCUGGCCGUCAUAUUUGACGUCGCCAGCAUCAUCCUGGGCUCUAAAGAGAGGGCGUGCCAGCUUCCUCUGUUCUCCUACAUCGUGGAGCGGCUGUGCGCGUGCUGCUACGAGCAGGCCUGGUAUGCCAAGCUGGGCGGCGUGGUGUCCAUCAAGUUCCUGAUGGAGCGCCUGCCUCUCAUCUGGGUGCUGCAGAACCAGCUCACUUUCCUCAAGGCUCUGCUCUUCGUAAUGAUGGACCUGACGGGCGAGGUCUCCAACGGCGCGGUCGCCAUGGCGAAGACCACGCUGGAGCAGCUGCUGGUGAGGUGCGCCACGCCGUUGAAGGAGGAGGAGAAGCUGGAGGAGGUGCUGAGUGCCCAGGACAAGUCCUUUCACAUGGUGACCCAUGACCUGGUGCGCGAGGUCACCUCGCCCAACUCUACCGUGCGCAAGCAGGCCAUGCACUCGCUGCAGGUGCUGGCACAGGUCACCGGCAAGAGCGUCACUGUCAUCAUGGAGCCGCACAAAGAGGUGCUACAGGACAUGGUCCCGCCCAAGAAGCACCUGUUGCGCCACCAACCCGCCAAUGCUCAGAUCGGCCUGAUGGAGGGCAACACCUUCUGCACCACCCUGCAGCCGCGCCUGUUCACCAUGGACCUCAGCGUGGUCGAGCACAAGGUCUUCUACACGGAGCUGCUGAACCUGUGCGAGGCAGAGGACGCCGCCCUGAUGAAGUUGCCCUGCUACAAGAGCCUGCCCUCCCUGGUGCCAUUGCGCAUCGCUGCUCUCAAUGCCCUGGCGGCGUGUAACUACCUGCCUCAGUCCAGGGAGAAGAUCAUCGCGGCACUCUUCAAGGCCCUCAACUCCACCAACAGCGAACUGCAGGAGGCCGGCGAGGCCUGCAUGAGGAAGUUCUUGGAGGGCGCCACCAUCGAGGUGGAUCAGAUCCACACUCACAUGCGUCCUCUGCUCAUGAUGUUGGGAGAUUACCGCAGCCUCACGCUGAACGUGGUCAACCGCCUCACCUCCGUCACGCGCCUCUUCCCCAACUCCUUCAACGACAAGUUCUGCGACCAGAUGAUGCAACACCUGAGGAAGUGGAUGGAGGUGGUGGUGCUCACCCACAAAGGAGGCCAGCGCAGCGACGGCAGCGAGAUGAAGAUCUGCUCUGCUAUCAUCAAUCUCUUCCACCUGAUCCCGGCUGCGCCGCAGACUCUAGUCAAGCCUCUGCUCGAGGUGGUAAUGAAGACUGAGAGAGCCAUGCUUAUCGAGGCGGGUAGCCCUUUCCGAGAACCUCUUAUCAAGUUUCUCACGCGGCAUCCGUCACAGACGGUUGAGCUCUUCAUGAUGGAGGCCACCCUCAACGACCCUCAGUGGAGCCGCAUGUUCAUGAGUUUCUUGAAACACAAAGACGCCAAGCCCCUCCGAGACGUUCUGGCCUCGAACCCGAGCCGCUUCGUCCCCCUGCUGGUUCCCGCGGGUACCGCGGCCACCGUGCGGCCCGGCUCGCCCUCCACCAGCACGGCGCGCCUGGACCUGCAGUUCCAGGCCAUUAAGAUCAUAAGCAUCAUCGUGAAGAACGACGAAGUUUGGCUGGCCGGCCAGCACUCGUUGGUCAAUCAGCUCCGCCGCGUGUGGGUCAGCGAGACCUUCCAGGAACGCCACCGCAAAGACAACAUGGCUGCCAGCAACUGGAAGGAGCCCAAGCUGCUGGCCUACUGCAUGCUCAGCUACUGCAAGCGGAACUACUCGGAGAUCGAGCUCCUCUUCCAGCUGCUGCGCGCCUUCACUGGCCGCUUCCUCUGUAACAUGACCUUCCUGAAGGAGUACAUGGAGGAGGAGAUCCCCAAGAACUACACCAUCGCCCACAAGAGGGCGCUGUUCUUCCGCUUCGUGGAGUUCAACGACCCGCACUUCAACGACGAGCUGAAAGCCAAGGUGCUGCAGCACAUCCUUCACCCGGCGUUCCUGCACAGCUUUGAGAAGGGCGAGGGCGAGCAGCUCCUGGGACCCCCCAACCCCGAGGGAGACAACCCUGAAAGCAUCACCAGCGUCUUCAUCACCAAGGUCCUGGACCCGGAGAAGCAAGCCGACCUGCUGGACUCGCUGAGGAUCAGCCUGCUGCAAUUCUCCACGCUGCUGGUGGAGCAUGCGCCCCACCACAUCCACGACAACAACAAGAGCCGCAACAGCAAGCUGCGGCGCCUGAUGACCUUCGCCUGGCCCUGCCUGCUGCCCAAGGCCUGCGUGGACCCGGCCUGCAAGUACAGCGGCCACCUGCUCCUGGCCCACAUCAUCGCCAAGUUCGCCAUUCACAAGAAGAUCGUGCUGCAGGUGUUCCACAGCCUGCUGAAGGCUCACACUAUGGAGGCGCGGGCUAUCGUGCGGCACGCCAUGGCCAUCCUUACCCCGGCCGUGCCUGCUCGCAUGGAGGAUGGCCACCAGAUGCUCACACACUGGACGCGCAAGAUUAUUGUGGAGGAGGGCCACACAGUUCCACAGCUGGUGCACAUCCUGCACCUCAUCGUGCAGCACUUCAGGGUGUACUACCCUGUCAGGCACCACCUGGUGCAGCACAUGAUCGGCGCUAUGCAGCGUCUGGGUUUCACCCCCAGUGUAACCAUCGAGCAGCGGAAGCUGGCCGUGGACCUGGCCGAGGUGGUCAUCAAGUGGGAGCUGCAGCGCGUCAAAGACCAGCAGCCGGAGUCUGAAGCGGAUCCCGGCGCGGGCGGGGAGGGGACGAGCUCCGCUUCCGGUGCAGUCAAGCGGGGCGCGUCGGUGGACUCCGGCCAGGACGUGAAGAGGUUCCGGACGGCCACGGGCGCUGUCGGCGUUGGCACAGUGUUCGCUCGGAGCCAGUCCAUGCCCGGCACCGAGACGCUGCUCACCAAGCCUGUGGAGAAGCAGCACACGGACACGGUGGUCAACUUCCUCAUCCGCAUUGCUUGUCAGGUGAACGAUAGCGCCAGCGUGGCUGGCUCCCCCGGCGAGCUGCUCUCCCGCCGCUGCGUCAACCUGAUGAAGACGGCACUCCGGCCGGACAUGUGGCCCCGCGCCGAGCUCAAGCUGCAGUGGUUUGACAAGCUCCUCAUGACUGUGGAGCAGCCCAACCAGGCCAACUUCUCCAACAUCUGCACGGGCUUGGAGACGCUGAGCUUCCUGCUGACCGUGCUGCAGUCUCAGGCCAUCCUGGUGCACUUCAAGCCCCUCCAGCGGGGCAUCGCCGCCUGCAUGUCCUGCGGCAACACCAAGGUGCUGCGCGCCGUCCACUCGCUGCUGUCCAGGCUCAUGAGCGUCUUCCCCACCGAGCCCAGCACCUCUACAGUGGCCUCCAAGUACGAGGAGCUGGAAUGUCUGUACGCCGCCGUGGGGAAGGUCAUUUACGAGGGCCUCACCAACUACGAGAAGGCCACCAGUGCCAACCCCACUCAGCUCUUUGGAACCCUGAUGAUCCUGAAGUCGGCCUGCAGCUACAACCCCAGCUACAUCGACCGCCUCAUCUCCGUCUUCAUGCGCUCGCUGCAGAAGAUGGUACGCGAGCACCUGAGCCCACAGGCCAACCCCGGGGCCACGGAGACCAGCGCAGUGACGAGUGAGCUGAUCAUGCUCAGUCUGGACCUGGUGAAGACCCGGCUGUCGGUCAUGAACAUGGAGAUGAGGAAGAACUUCAUCCAGGUCAUCCUCACCUCUCUGAUCGAGAAGUCGCCCGACCCCAAGAUCUUGCGUGCCGUGGUGAAGAUCGUGGAGGAGUGGGUGAAGAACAACUCCCCCAUGGCUGCCAACCAGAUGCCCAAUCUGCGAGAGAAGUCCAUUCUGCUGGUUAAAAUGAUGACCUACAUCGAGAAGCGCUUUCCCGACGACCUUGAAUUGAAUGCCCAGUUCCUGGACCUCGUUAAUUACGUCUACAGGGACGACAGCCUCUCAGGAAGUGACAUCACGUCCAAGCUGGAGCCGGCCUUCCUGUCAGGCCUGCGUUGUGCUCAGCCCCUCAUCCGGGCGAAGUUCUUCGAGGUGUUCGACGCCUCCAUGAAGCGGCGUGUCUACGAGAGGCUCCUGUACAUCUGCUGUUCCCAGAACUGGGAGGCCAUGGGCAACCACUUCUGGAUCAAGCAGUGCAUCGAGCUGUUGCUGGCCGUGUGCGAGAAGGGCACAGUCAUCUGUACCAGCUGCCAGGGCUCCAUGCUGCCCUCCAUCACAAACGUCAUCAGCCUGGCCGACAGCCACGACCGCGCCGCCUUCGCCAUGGCGACGCACAUCAAGCAGGAGCCGCGCGAGAGGGAGAACAGCGAGACCAAAGAGGAGGAUGUGGAGAUUGACAUUGAGCUGGCCCCCGGUGACCAGACCAGCCUGCCCAAGACCAAGGACCAGGCGGAGCGCGACGCGGGCAACCAGCUGCACAUGCUCACCAACCGCCACGACAAGUUCCUGGACUCCCUCCGAGAGGUCAAGACGGGGGCACUGCUCAACGCUCUGGUGCAGCUAUGUCACAUCUCCACGCCGCUGGCAGAGAAGACGUGGGUGCAGCUCUUCCCCCACCUCUGGAAGAUCCUGUCAGACCGCCAGCAACACGCCCUGUCGGGGGAAAUGGGCCCGUUCCUGUGCAGCGGCAGCCAUCAGUCACAGCGGGACUGCCAGCCCAGCGCGCUCAACUGCUUUGUGGAGGCCACGUCGCAGUGCGUGCCGCCCAUCCCCAUCCGGCCGUGCGUGCUGAAGUACCUGGGCAAGACGCACAACCUGUGGCUGCGCUCCACGCUCAUGCUGGAGCAGCAGGCCUCCGAGAAGGGCCUCAGCCUGCACGCCAAACCCAAGCAGAGCACCGAGUUCUACGAGCAGGAGAGCAUCACGCCACCACAGCAGGAGAUCCUGGACUCGCUGGCUGAGAUCUACUCCUUGCUGCAGGAGGAAGACAUGUGGGCAGGGCUGUGGCUGAAACGCUGCAAGUUCCCCGAAACGAGCACAGCCAUCGCCUACGAGCAGCAUGGCUUCUUCGAGCAGGCACAAGAGACCUACGAGAAGGCCAUGGAGAAAGCACGUAAAGAGCACGAGAGAAGCAACAUGUCUCCCGCCAUCUUCCCUGAGUACCAGCUCUGGGAAGACCACUGGAUCCGGUGCUCCAAGGAACUGAACCAGUGGGAGCCUCUGACAGAGUACGGCCAGUCCAAAGGCCACAGCAACCCAUACCUGGUGCUGGAGUGUGCCUGGAGGGUGUCCAACUGGGCUGCCAUGAAGGAAGCAUUGGUGCAGGUGGAGCUGAGCUGUCCUAAGGAGAUGGCGUGGAAGGUGAACAUGCACCGAGGCUACCUGGCCAUCUGUCACCCCGAGGAACAGCAGCUGAACUUUAUCGAGCGUUUGGUAGAGAUGGCAAGCAGCUUGGCCAUCAGGGAGUGGAGGAGACUGCCCCACAUCGUCUCGCACGUGCACACGCCGCUACUGCAGGCCGCCCAGCAGAUCAUCGAGCUUCAGGAGGCAGCGCAGAUCAACGCAGGCCUGCAGCCGGCCAACCUGGGCCGCAACACCAGCCUGCACGAUAUGAAGACGGUGGUGAAGACCUGGCGCAACCGGCUGCCCGUUGUGUCCGACGACCUCUCGCACUGGAGCAGUAUCUUCAUGUGGCGGCAGCACCACUACCAGGCCAUAGUGUCCGCGUAUGAGAGCAACACUCAGCACGACCCCAACACCAACAACGCCAUGCUGGGCGUGCACGCGUCCGCCUCGGCCAUCAUCCAGUAUGGCAAGAUCGGCCGCAAGCAAGGCCUGGUCAACGUGGCCCUGGACAUCCUGAGCCGCAUCCACACCAUCCCCACCGUGCCCAUCGUGGACUGUUUCCAGAAGAUCCGUCAGCAGGUGAAAUGCUACCUGCAGCUGGCCGGCGUCAUGGGCAAGAACGAGUGCAUGCAGGGGCUGGAGGUGAUAGAGUCCACCAAUCUGAAGUACUUCACCAAGGAGAUGACGGCGGAGUUCUACGCUCUCAAGGGCAUGUUCCUGGCCCAGAUCAAUAAGUCAGAGGAGGCCAACAAGGCCUUCUCGGCGGCCGUGCAGAUGCACGACGUACUGGUGAAGGCCUGGGCCAUGUGGGGCGACUACCUGGAGAACAUCUUCGUGAAGGAGCGCCAGCUGCACCUGGGCGUGUCGGCCAUCACCUGCUACCUCCACGCCUGCCGCCACCAAAACGAGAGCAAGUCCCGCAAGUACCUGGCCAAGGUGCUCUGGCUACUGAGCUUCGACGACAAGAACACGCUGGCGGAUGCAGUAGACAAGUACUGCAUCGGCGUGCCGCCCAUCCAGUGGCUGGCCUGGAUCCCCCAGCUACUCACGUGCCUGGUGGGCUCCGAAGGCAAACCUCUCCUCAACCUCAUCAGCCAGGUGGGGCGAGUCUACCCACAAGCCGUGUACUUCCCCAUCCGGACGCUCUACCUCACACUGAAGAUCGAGCAGAGAGAGAGGUAUAAGAGUGACUCAGGCCAGCAGCAGCCGAGUUCGGUGGGGUCUCAGAGUCACUCUGCGUCGGACCCGGGACCCAUCAGGGCCACGGCCCCCAUGUGGCGCUGCAGUCGCAUCAUGCACAUGCAGCGGGAGCUGCACCCCACCCUGCUUUCCUCGCUGGAGGGCAUCGUCGACCAGAUGGUGUGGUUCAGAGAGAACUGGCAUGAGGAGGUUCUGCGGCAGCUCCAGCAGGGUCUGGCCAAGUGCCACUCGGUGGCGUUCGAGAAGAGCGGCGCCGUGUCGGACGCCAAGAUCACGCCGCACACGCUCAACUUUGUGAAGAAGCUGGUGAGCACGUUCGGCGUGGGCCUGGAGAACGUCUCCAACGUGUCCACCAUGUUCUCCAGUGCCGCCUCGGAGUCGCUGGCCCGCCGAGCCCAGGCCACUGCCCAGGACCCCGUGUUCCAGAAGAUGAAGGGCCAGUUCACCACAGACUUCGAUUUCAGCGUUCCGGGCUCUAUGAAGCUGCACAACCUCAUCUCCAAGCUGAAGAAAUGGAUCAAGAUCCUGGAGGCCAAGACCAAGCAGCUGCCCAAGUUCUUCCUGAUUGAGGAGAAGUGCCGUUUCCUUAGCAACUUCUCGGCCCAGACAGCCGAGGUGGAGAUCCCAGGAGAGUUCCUCAUGCCAAAGCCCACACACUAUUACAUCAAAAUAGCCAGGUUCAUGCCGCGCGUGGAGAUCGUCCAGAAGCACAACACGGCUGCCCGUCGCCUCUACAUCCGCGGGCACAACGGAAAGAUCUACCCGUACCUGGUGAUGAACGACGCCUGCCUGACGGAGUCUCGCCGGGAGGAGCGCGUGCUGCAGCUUCUGCGUCUUCUCAACCCCUGCCUGGAAAAGAGGAAGGAGACCACCAAGAGACACCUGUUCUUUACAGUCCCCAGGGUGGUGGCCGUGUCCCCGCAGAUGCGUCUGGUGGAGGACAACCCGGCGUCUCUCUCCCUGGUGGAGAUCUACAAGCAGCGCUGUGCCAAGAAAGGCAUCGAGCACGACAACCCCAUCUCCCGCUACUACGACCGGCUCGCCACAGUGCAGGCCAGAGGCACGCAGGCCAGCCAUCAGGUGUUGCGGGACAUCCUGAAGGAGGUGCAGGGUAACAUGGUCCCGCGCAGCAUGCUGAAAGAGUGGGCCCUACACACCUUCCCCAACGCCACCGACUACUGGACCUUCCGUAAGAUGUUCACCAUCCAGCUGGCCCUCGUCGGCCUGGCCGAGUUCAUGCUGCACCUGAACCGCCUCAACCCCGAGAUGCUGCAGAUCGCUCAAGACACGGGGAAGCUCAAUGUCUCCUACUUCCGCUUCGACAUCAACGACGCCACCGGUGACCUGGAUGCCAACCGGCCGGUUCCCUUCCGCCUGACGCCAAACAUAUCGGAGUUCCUCACCACCAUCGGCGUGUCGGGGCCCCUCACGGCCUCCAUGAUCGCCGUGGCCCGCUGUUUCGCCCAGCCCAACUUUAAGGUCGACGGCAUCCUGAAGGCCGUGUUGCGGGACGAGAUCAUCGCCUGGCACAAGAAGACCCAGGAGGACACCUCCAUGCCACUGUCCCCAGCCGGGCAGCCAGAGAACAUGGACAGUCAGCAGCUAGUCUCGCUAGUGCAGAAGGCCGCGACGGCCAUCGUGACGCGCCUACACAGCCUGGCCCAGUUCGAAGGAGGCGAGAGCAAAGUCAACACGCUGGUGGCCGCCGCCAACAGCCUGGACAAUCUGUGUCGCAUGGACCCUGCCUGGCACCCCUGGCUUUAGGUCCCAGAAACCCCUCACGUGUCUCUAAAGUCGUCACUGUGAAGACAUUUGGUUCAACAUCAGGGUCUAACGUGUCCAAGUGGCAUAUCUGGGGGAAAAAAAAAAUACUGCUGUUAACGUGAACGAGCAGGGCUUUUUUGGAGAGUGUGAGAAAAUAAUGUUUAAAAAAACCCAAAAAAACAAAAAAAAAACAAAACAAAAAAAACAACCUAACCGGGGGAGGUCAGUCGUUACUUUAGAUGUGUACUAUGGUGAUUUCUGUUAUUGAUGUCAGUAGCGGGCUUCUGGGAGAGAGUUUCCCACAGCAUUUAAAUGCAGCUUUGUUCUCGGGCAGAUAAAGGCUAUUGUUUACGCGGUCGUGCUUGGCCGCGCGCUUUUGUUGGGCCGCCUACCAUGUUUGGUGUAAUAUUGCAGAGACUCGGACACAGCCCGAAAAAAACCAAACUUCUGCGGUUCUGCUGCCUUUUUAUUUACUCCCAGUCAGUGAGGGCAAAAUCCUAGCAGAGUUUAUGCAACGUGCUCUGUGACGUUAGCGCCAUACCUCCCCGAGCAAUUCCAACUCUCAUUAAAAAAAAAGGGAGUUAUUGUUUUGGAUCUGAUGGUUGGUCAUGUGUUUAAGCAGUGUUCAGCUUCAUUUUAUUUUGUAGUUUAUCACUACUAUCGUUUAUGAUGAAAAAUCUUUAUAAAACAUGAAUAGGUAGUGCUUCGUUUGUACCUUUUUGUCUUUUUUCUGUACAUCGUGUGGAUAUUGUCACUUUACCUCUCCGUUUCCACCGCUGUAUCGUGUACGUUUCGGUUGGUUUAUUUAGUCGGAGUCCUAUAGUGGCUAUUUUUGUGCUUUACUCUGUCUGCACUACUGUCAAAGCCCAGAAUCUGUGAUCCUGUCUGCUGAUUGGCAGGCUGCUGUCAGGCGCUGUAUUUAUUCUGUGAAGGCAAAGCACACUUCCCUGUUAGCAAUAAGCAAUGGCCUCAAAGGCUGGUUUUCCAUUUUCCGCAGACGACAAACUGGCCAGCUUGGUCUUUCAGAAUACCAGCCACAGCAGCCAAACACAGGAUGAAGGAUGAUGUCAUCGUUCGCUACUUUUAAGUUUCCGGACUCUGCCUUUUUUUGGACGGUGCCCUCCUGUUGUGUUUCUAUAUUACUGGUAUGCCUAGACUCCUUUUUGUACAUGCCCCUGCAUUUUGUAAUGGUACACGCAAAUGUACAAAUCCAAGGAUUGUUACUGAGCAAUGUAAAUAUGCAUUUUGUUUUAAUAAAAUGCUCUUUUUAAA